AUGGAUCAGGGCGGCGGCGGCGUCUGGAUCCGCGGGGCGGUGGCUGUCGCCGCGGGCGGCGCGAUCGCGGCGCGCGCGGUCCGGCGGAAGUCCGUGGACUACACCGCCGUCUUCGUCGGCGUCCCGGCCAUGGUGGCACACACCGUCGCCGGGUACAGGUUCGCGGGGCUACUGCUGGUGUUCUUCUUCACGGCGUCGCGGGUGACGAGGGUCGGCGAGGCAAGGAAGCGCGCGCUCGAUCCCGAGUUCAAGGAGGGCGGCCAGCGCAACUGGAAGCAAGUAUUGUCAAACAGCGGUAUUGCGACUGUCUUGGCAGUCCUUAUAACACUAAUUACUGGAGGUAAAGACAGAUGCUUGGAUUCAAAAGAGUCGGGUCUUGUAACUGCCCUUAUCGGUGGUGUUAUUGGACAUUAUUCUUGCUGCAAUGGUGAUACAUGGUCUUCCGAGCUUGGCAUACUUAGCAAAUCCGAACCACGAAUUAUCACCACAUUCAAGAGGGUGCGGAAGGGGACCAAUGGCGGGGUAACCAUUGAUGGACUUCUUGCAGCAGCAGCAGCUGGAUGCUCGAUUGGGCUUGCAUUUGUGUUAAUAGGAUUCUUAACCACCCAGUGUGCUUCUGAUGUAUUUUGGAGGCAGCUGCUUGUUAUACCCUUAGCUACAGCUGCUGGCCUAUGUGGAAGUCUGAUUGAUUCGUUGCUGGGCGCAACGGUUCAGUAUAGUGGGUACUGCAGUGUUCGCAAAAAGGUUGUUGGAGUAGGCGGUCCUACCGUAAGGAGGAUUUCCGGAAUGAACAUACUGGACAACAAUGGUGUUAAUGUAGUGUCUGUGUUCUUUACAACUCUACUUACUGCCUUUGCAUGUACAUUCAUCUUCUGAGGUCUAGGUGAGUGGUAGUGUUAGCAACGCAUGACCCUGGGUAACUAGGAACACAAGUAGUCAAUUAGAACACCAAAUCUUGAAUAGUGCCAGCCAUUGUCCAUUUUGACAGUUGUUUUAGCAUCAGUAUUUCAUGGUAAGCGCUGAUUUUUUAAUGUAAAAGUUCACUUGUAGUUAUCCGAUUCAGAUUUUACAUUGAAUAUUCGGAUAGAGGAAUGUCUGUAUCAUAAUAUUGAUUCACUCUAACUAUUUAUUUUCUAUGAUCCAUUUUA